GCGGUCGGCAGCACUUGCCAAUUUUGCACGAUGGCCACGACGCGCGCCGCCCGUGCGUGGGCACCAUCGCACUACCUCAAGUUUGAGUCUAGCCGCCUCCAGCCCGCUCUCGACUUGCUCCAGCGCAUCCACGCACCCAACGAUGUAGCUUCGAUUGUCGACUUGGGCUGCGGCACGGGCAACAUCACGCCCUUCAUGCGCGAGCGCUGGCCCCACGCACGCAUUCAUUGUGUCGACUCGUCGAACGACAUGCUUGCGUCCGCCCGUACCGCGCACGCCGGCGUCGUCGACAACGUCGAGUACACGCAGGCCGACUUUGAAAGUUUCUCGGUUGACGAGCCCGUCGACGUUAUCUUCUCGAACGCGGCGCUGCAUUGGGUCUCGUACGACGUACACAAGGUCCUCCUGCCACGGCUCUUUUCGCUCCUCAAGCCAGGCGGCGUCUUGGCCUUUCAGAUGCCCGACACCCGCGCCCAAGCCAGCCACGCGCUCAUGCCCAAAGCCGCGUGUGCAGUCGGCGUCGAUGUAUCGGGCGUGCGAUGGGUGACAACCGAGCAAGACACGUCGACUUACUACCGCCUCUUUGCCGCCAUCAACCGCCCAGAAGCCAUCCAUUUGUGGAUCACCGAGUACACGCAGGUGCUAGCUACGACCAAGCAGCAGCAUCCGGUCGUCGAUUUUGUGGCGUCAACGGGCCUCGGGCCGUACGUCAAUGCCAUUUCCGAGGCUGCCACGCGCGAGGCCUUUCUGCAAGCGUAUGCGUCGCGGAUUGCGGCGGCGUAUCCCAUCGAGGCCGACGGCUGCGUGCUCUUCCCGUUCAAGCGCUUCUUCUGCGUCGUUCAGCGAGACGGCUAGAUGCACCAAGCGUGAAGUAGCUUCCGUGCCACAGCCAGCGCGGCAGAGAGCGGCGACAUCGCGGUCCAAUCUCGCCGUACAACUCGAAUGCAACGACGCUUGGUGGAAUCUGUUUGCAUUUGGAA